AAUGAUUGUUUGGUUAUCUUGUACUUAGUACUUGAGCGUGGAGUUUGGAGUCUGCCCUCCCCUCAUUUAAAACAUAAUAGGAGAAGCUUGGACUCCCUUUGCCUUUCUUUUUGGCCCUUUAGUGCCUCUUCAGCAGCUGACUCCUCUGCUUCUGUGUCAGUUUUUGACUCUUCUGGCUGCAGAGAGAGGAUACACAAUGUUAACCCUGGUUGUGCUCUUGCUUUGCACGGCCUCCUGUGUCUCAGCUUCCGCCAAAGGUGGUGCUGCUGGACCCCGGCUGAACAACAACCAGCUGUACAAAUUCAGCUACACCACUGAGGUGCUGGUGGACAAGGCCCGGGGGUCGAAAGAGGGCAGCGCUGGCUACAAGAUCUCCAGCGAUGUGGACGUCAACCUCGUCUGGAGAGACCCCAGCAGCAAGGAUGACCAACUCAUUCAACUGGCGAUCUCAAACGUGAGGAUCGACCCUGCGACCCAUCGAUCAGAGAAGAAGAACGUCCUCCAUGGGUCCACGGCUGAAAGUGUGUUGGGCAAGACCAAACUGGCAGCUCUGACAAAACCUUUCAUGGUGCACCUGAGAAAUGGAAAGGCAAAAGCAUUUUACUCCUUCUGGGCCGAACCUGCAACCAUCAAGAACAUGAAAAGAGGGCUGGCCAGCUUGCUGCAAGUACAGCUCAGGACUGGGAAGGCUGUUGAGAAUGACGUGUCUGGAAGGUGCACAGUCGAGUACAAAGCAGCCCAAGGUCAAGUGACGAGAACCAAGAUCCUGGAGACAUGUAAGACAGCAGAGAGCGGAUUCACCACACACAGUCAGGUCUUGGGUGUAAGCAAGAAGUCCAGUUCUGUUACAGUGUUCACGCUUGAAGAUGGUUUCAUCCGCUCAGCCGUGGCUGAAGAGACACACUCACUGGCCGUCAACUCCCGGAGAUCUGCCGCGGCUAAAGUUGUUUCCAGGCAAACACUCACACUGGUCGGGACAGAGGCUGGACCACAGGAGGCUGCUGGGAAAGACGUGACUGGGGUUGUCAAGUCGAUCAAUGCAAAAUUUGCUGCCGUUGGUAUUAUGGCAGAGAAGGUCAAAUCCCAGUGCAAGGGAUGUCCAUCACUUUUCGAACAUUGGCAGGCUCAACAGAAGCAGCUGGAGCCGGCGAGCCUGUCCAAAGCCACGGCUCCUCGCAGCUUCCUGGCCCUCAUCCAGAGCAUUAGGAAGGCGUCCAAGGAUGAGAUCCUCAAAGUGCUGAAGAGUGCCAGCAAGACAACUCUACCUCAGGUGGUGGAUGCUGUGACCUCCUCCCAGACCGAAGCGUCUCUGGACGCCAUGCUUGAAUUCCUUAACUUCACAGAUGCCAAAGGUUUGGUUCUGCAGGAGAGGUUUCUCUAUGCGUGUGGCUUCUCUUCACAUCCCAAUGAGAGGAUGCUCCAGGCACUGCUGGAUAUUUCAAAGGGAAAGUUCGGCAGCACUGACAUUAAGGAGUCUGUGGUGAUCAUUAUGGGAGCCCUGGUCCACAAGCUGUGUCAGAAAGGAGGUUGUGACUUACCGGCGGUGGUGCAGGCUAAGAAGCUAAUUCUAGCCGGUCCUGACAGCACACAGGUGGAGUCUGAGGUCCAGAUGUACCUUCUGGCUCUGAAGAACUCGAUGCUUCCCGAGGCCAUUCCCAUCUUCUCCAAAUUCGCGGAGUCAGAGGUGGGAGCUUACAGCACCAUCGCCCUCACAGCUCUGCAGAGAUACGACGUCAAGCUCAUGACCGACGAGGUUAAGCAGACAGUGAACAGGGUUUACCACCAGAACCGACGGAUCUAUGAGAAAAACGUGAGAGCUGCUGCCGCUGACGUCAUCCUCAGUAGCAACCCGUCAUACAUAGAGGUCAAAAAUCUGCUGCUGUCUAUUGGAAACCUGCCUCGUGAGAUGAACAAGUACAUGCUGUCCAAGAUCCAGGACAUUGUCCGCUUCCAGCUGCCUGCCAGCAAAGUUAUACAAAAAGCUAUGAAGGACAUGAAUUCGGCCAACUACGACCGAUUCUCAAAAGUUGGGUCGUCGUCUGCGUACUCAGGAUUCAUGGCGCAAUCUGCCGAUGUGACCUCCACAUACAGUUUGGACAUCCUGUAUUCAGGCUCUGGGAUCUUGAGGAGGAGCAACAUGAACAUUUACGGUGCUAGUAAAGGAGCAAUGCUACAUGGACUACAGGUUGCGAUCGAAGCCCAGGGUUUGGAGUCACUGAUCGCUGCCACACCCGAUGAGGGAGAGGAAGACCUGGAGUCGUUCGCUGGGAUGUCAGCUUUGCUCUUUGACGUCCAGCUGCGGCCCGUCACCUUCUUCAAGGGUUACAGUGACCUCAUGUCCAAAAUGUUCUCCAUGACAGGGGAGCCCAUGAAUGUGGUGAAGGGUCUGAUCCUGCUGACUGAUCAUUCUGAGGUGAUCACACUGCAGUCUGGUCUGAAGGCAAAUGCAGAGUUCCAGGGAGGAUUAGCCAUCGACAUCUCUGGAGGCAUGGAGAUCAGCCUGUGGUACAGGGAGUCCAAGACCAGCGUUAACAACAGGGGAGCGUUAGUGGUCACUGGGAACGUUACAGUGGACAUGGACUUCAUGAGAGCGGGUGUGGAGGUCAGCUUUGAAACAGAGGCAUCGCUGGACUUCAUCACCACUGUCCAGUUUUCUGAAUAUCCCUUCCUGGUGUGCAUGCAGAUGGACAAAGCUACCUUUCCAUUCAGUGAGCACCUGACCAAGUAUGAGAGUUUGUCAUCGGGGAAGAGCGUCGUGUCACGCAAGAGCAAGAAACAGCUCGUCCCCGGUUCUGAGUUCCCUCUUCACCAGGAGAACUCAAACAUGUGCAAGAAGGUUUUUGACUCCAACUGGUAAAGGAGACAUCAUAACCCAUCCAGGAAAAAGUAGUCAUUUCUUAUUGUCGCUCAAGAGGGUUUUAUUGCAUUCAGGGACAGCUAUCACACCUCAGCCUCACGUCAGUGAAAGACUGUAAGAGAGACAAGUGGUGAAUGUUUUUUGUUUUUUUUUAACAACACAUGCAGUGUUUACAUUCCUGUGAGUAUUUAAGUCAUUUUAAUUCGACAUUUUGUUUUUGAAAUCAGGAAUUCUUCAAUUGUCUUUUUACAGAUUUCCUUGAAGAUUUAUUUAUGAUGCAGGAUGUAUGUUUUAUUUGAUAGGUGAUACUCCGCUAAGAAAAUACCACUGCAAUUUUCCCAACACAGUUUAUAGUAAAGAUGUACAUGUAAAUAUCAACACUGGAGAUAGUGGACUAACUUCCCCCUUUAAUAGAAAUGCUCCUUUCUGUCAACAUUCCUGUUUUUUAAUUAAAUGUGUUUACUAAGGAGCAACAGUUUGUUUUAUGUCACUGUUCCCACACUUGAAAUAACUUAUUAAGCCAAGUAAUACCAGUUAAUUCAUAUUAAUUUUUGGUGAUGUUUAAUAUUCCUUACAGAAACUAUGAGUGUUCAUUGUGUUUACUUUUACUGUUUUUGCAAGAUUUAAGCAGGAAAUUGAAUCAGCCAAAAUGAAUCCAUUAAUACUUGAAUAUAUUUUUUGUACGUGGGUGUAAUUGCUCUGUUUGUCUGAAAAUGUUUUGGUAGUUUGAAGAUUUUUUAACUACUUUGAGCUCGUGUUUCCAUGUUUUGGGAGCAGAUUGUUAGAUCUGUAAUUGGCUGACAAUAAAUGUGCACUGGAAACA